UUUGCUUUACUUUGACGACGGGGAAGGAAUUAUAAGACCGAGUUCAUCUCCCCGCCGAGUAUUCAGCCAGCCAGCCCGUUCACACAGUCGAUCCCACCAGCGGGGCAGAGUCAGCAUCUACAGCAGCAACUCCGAGCACAACACGCCCUACAAUGGCAAUGAGACGUCCUACAAUGGCAAUGACAUUCGGUCAAAAGCCCACGCCCAAGGCUGGCGCGCAACAGCGCCUGAAGCAGCGGCAAGGCCAGCUCCUUCCGUGGAUCGCGAGUCCUCUCACCCACUUCUUCCACACGAACCAUGACGAGCACGUACACAAGCCGCUGCGGACCACGGAGGAGGCAGCAGGCCCCACAAAGGUGCAGAACGUGUCGAAUGUGGCCGAGAAAGACGAGAUCCUCUACGAGGAGAUUGAGGCCGAAGAGGCCACCUCCGGAGAGCUGUUCUACGAUCUGUUCUUCGUUGCCAAUCUGACCACCAUCACUUCCGUGCAUUACAUGACCGAUUACAACACUCUAAUCUCGUACAUCUUCUUCUUCAUCAUCUUGUGGUUCUCGUGGCUGCAGACCACGCUGUACGACAUCCGCUUCUCUGUCGACUCCGUCUACGAGCGAUGCAUGAAGGCCAUCCACUUCGCCGUCAUGAUCGGGUUCGCGUCGGUCUCGACCAACUGGAAUCCUAUGGAUACCACGCUUCCCAGCACCGUUGCGAACUUGCAGUUCAUGGCCAUCACCCUCAUGGCGUCGAGGUUCACACUGGGUAUCCAGUAUGGUGUCGCCGCCGGGUAUGCCCGGAGGGUCAACAAGGGGAUGUUGCCGUUGAUCCUGCACAGCGCAAUGAUGUUUAUCGCUGGUGCCGUUUACCUCGGUCUCUUUUUCGUGUUCCGCAACGGCACACAGCCCCGCGCCUACAUCGCCAUGUUCAUCGUGAUCGCGGUCGAGGUUAUCGCCGUGCUAGUGACGUCGGCGGUGUGGAAAGUUGUUAGUUUCAAGAUGACGCAUCUCGUCGAGCGCAUGGGACUCCUGACGCUCAUCGUCAUCGGCGAGGGCAUCAUCGUCAUGCUCAAGGCCGUGAACGUGGUCGAAAAGGGAUCAGCGUACGGCCGCGGAUGGAGCGCGAGUAUCUUCUGCAUCGUCGGUGCUGCGGUGAUGGUGAUUUAUAUGCUCUACAUGUUCUACUUCGACUACACCCCGCGAGGCGUCCACUACGGCACCAUCCGACAGCAGUUCUGGGCGGUGCUUCACUUUCCAUACCACCUGUCGAUCGUGCUCGCCGUCGAAGGGCUGCGGCAGUGGACGACCUACUGGAGUUACCUACAGGCGCAGCACGUGAUUUCCCGCGAAUUCAACAACGUCGGCACGCUGAGCCGCGAUGCACUCAAGAACCAAACGCUCGACAUUAUCGACAAGUACGUGGAGUACCUGUACCACGACGAGACGUCGAAGACGAUCCUGAAGCAGUACUACCUCUUGGUGGACGAGAUCCCGUAUCUGCGGGACCUUCCGAUCGACAGCUGGUCGGUCGAGAACCAGACAACGCUGGGCCACGUGACGACGGACCUGUUCCGCGGAUACGCCGAGUUCUACGGGAUCAAGGUGCCGAAGGCCAAGACCGAGCAGACGUUCCUUGACCCGUUCUCGCCCGACUACGAUCCCUCAAAGGACAUCACGGCCGUCUACCGCUUCGUGUUUACAUACUUCUUUACCGCGUUCGGGUGCAUCUUCUUCAUGCUGGGGCUGUUCGGCCUCUUCGUCCGCAGGAAGAAGGACGUCUGGGAUUACAUCGCCGUCACCCUCCGAUUCGUCGUCGGUAUCACCUUCUGUCUGCUCGAGAGGAUUAAGGCGGACCCUCUCAUGUAUGAUGACUUCAUCGCGAGCCCGUGGCCUAUCCCCGUCGUGUGUAUUGUCAUGUUUAUCACCCUGUGGAUGGACAAGAUCAUCGGCCUGUUUGCGUACCGACGGAUGAAGGGGAAGAUGAACUAUAACUCGGUCUGAUCAGUGUUUCUUUUUCGUUUUCUUUCUUUCUUCCAUGUCAUUGUCCAUUUCUUUAUCUUCGCUGGGUUGCAGUUUUCUUCAGGCGCUGGUUCGAUCAUUUUUGUUAUCGUGGGGUUGGGUUGGUGUUGGGUUGCGUUGCGGAUUGGGAGUUGGGAUAUCUAUCGGGAGCGUAGAGAUGCGGCGAGAAAUACACGAGGGAAUGCAGAUUCCAUAUCUUAUGAAAGCACACUCCGUCGUCCCGCUCUGCUGGCCCGCGCCGUACGGCACCCCGCCAAAGCUAACGGUUGACACGUGUGAAGUUAGUGUGCGGCCGGGAGCAGCGGGUGCGGAAGGUGUGAAUUGGUUGGAGUUAACUUUCUUUUCUUUUGUUUUUUUAUUGAAUAGUGUACUUCUCUCUCACGGGCAGGCGAGAGACCCCGAUUAGCUAGUCUCGCGGCGGUGGAUCUCUUUAGUAUGGACGUCGUGAUCUACUUAGG